GCGGGGCGUGGCUUCCCCGUCCACGGGCCGCAGUGCCGGGCGCCGCCGAGCGAGAGUGCGGGGCCGCCGCCCUCCGCGGGCUCCGCUGCUCCCGCUGCUGCCGACAAUUUUACAUGAAGUGGAGAGCAGACCAGAAGCACUCCUGAAUAAAGGCAAUUUGAUUCUUGGGGCGGCAUUGAAGAGUGUUGAGACCAGAAGAUGAGUGAACUCGACCAGUUACGGCAGGAGGCGGAGCAGCUGAAAAACCAAAUCCGAGAUGCCAGGAAAGCCUGCGCAGAUGCCACUCUUUCUCAGAUCACAAACAACAUCGACCCAGUGGGAAGAAUCCAGAUGCGUACCAGGAGGACGCUGAGGGGCCACUUGGCUAAGAUCUAUGCCAUGCACUGGGGCACAGAUUCCAGGCUUCUCGUAAGUGCCUCGCAGGAUGGUAAACUGAUCAUCUGGGAUAGCUACACCACCAACAAGGUCCAUGCCAUCCCCCUGCGCUCCUCGUGGGUCAUGACCUGUGCAUAUGCACCUUCUGGGAACUAUGUGGCCUGUGGUGGUCUGGACAACAUUUGCUCCAUUUACAACCUGAAGACUCGUGAAGGGAAUGUACGUGUGAGUCGUGAGCUGGCCGGACACACAGGUUACUUAUCCUGCUGCCGCUUCCUGGAUGACAAUCAGAUCGUCACCAGCUCCGGAGACACCACCUGUGCUUUGUGGGACAUCGAGACAGGCCAGCAGACGACCACUUUCACUGGCCACACCGGGGACGUCAUGAGCCUGUCCCUUGCUCCUGACACCAGACUCUUUGUCUCGGGGGCCUGUGACGCUUCGGCCAAACUCUGGGAUGUGCGGGAAGGCAUGUGCCGGCAAACCUUCACCGGUCACGAGUCGGACAUCAACGCCAUCUGUUUCUUUCCCAAUGGCAAUGCAUUUGCCACUGGCUCGGAUGACGCCACCUGCAGGCUGUUUGACCUCCGCGCUGACCAGGAGCUGAUGACUUACUCCCACGACAACAUCAUUUGUGGCAUCACCUCCGUCUCCUUCUCCAAGAGUGGCCGCCUCCUCCUCGCAGGGUACGACGACUUCAAUUGCAACGUCUGGGAUGCACUCAAGGCUGACCGGGCAGGUGUCUUGGCUGGGCACGACAACCGUGUCAGCUGCCUCGGUGUGACCGAUGAUGGGAUGGCUGUGGCCACGGGGUCCUGGGACAGCUUCCUCAAGAUCUGGAACUGAGGCCCACAGCAGCUGGAGGACCGUACGACCCGAAGCGUCAAUGAUAGCAUUUCCACCCCUACUAACGUGGCCGACCUGCUCUUCCUCCAACUCCCGAAGGGCCGCCCUCUCCUCCACUUACUGCUGAAACCAAGAGCACAAUUCCCACGACGAGAAGAAUCUCUGUGCUGUCAACUCAAAAUUGUGCAUUCCUUCCGGGACCAUUGUCUUGUUUUCUUUUUGUUUUGAAAGAAUUGAAAAGGAAAUACUAUAAUAAACAUGUUAACCAGCAGGUAGCCGGAGUGUGCUUGCGAGAGACACACCUCUCUACUACUAGUCAGCUGACUGGGAUCCCGCUCCUGCUCUGAUGCUCCUGCUAACAGCCAAGGCUUUAUAGCCUUUGAGGGUCUCCACUCCAGGUCGUGUGGGAGUAUGGCAGAGCCCCCGUAUUUCCUUUUGCAGACAGACCCUUUCUGUUGUGUAGUGAGCAGAGAAACCAGUGCAGCCGCCCUAUGGUCUUCGCUGCAAUAGCCUGGUCUCUGCCGAGUGUCCCGGAGACGCCGGGCCUGUGGGUCCUGUAUGCUGGUGCCCACUGCGCCCAGCCCCGUCUCUCCGACCUCCCCACACGCUUCCCUUUCAGUCUCUGCUGGGGCUUCCUUGCACAGUCAGAGGAAGUGAACAGGGACAGCCUGACACUCGGUGGUGCGGUGUCCCUACCCACCCCCCAGCCUCUGCCUUGAAGGGAGGCGCCUUUCCUGUGCUUGGUUGUCAGUCCUUGUGUAUGGAACCAUGUACAAAUCAAUGUUUUGGAAAUAACAAUCUCACACUUUCUAAGUUAAAUUUUACAAAUUGGAUCAUUUACCAUAUGGGUGGGUUUAUUCUUAGAAUCGCAUGCUGUAGAAAUGCUCCAAGUGCAUAUAGGACUCAGUCCUUUGAUGUUCUUUCCUUUCUGAACCCCCUGUAGGCCGCAGCCACCCCGGCUCACCCACAGCUGCCCUGUGCAGCACCUCCUUUUCCUUUCAGACAAGCCCUGUCCCGGUGACCCUGGGAAGGGGUGUGGAGACCAGGUGGCGCUCCCGGGAGCCCUGGCCUCUCCCUAGCAGCAACAGUAGUGGCUUCUGUCCGUCUGUGAACUGUGCUGGACUUGGCAGGGAGGAACCGCCCAAGCCGUCGCAUCCCCACCCCACCCCUCCCUCUGUAGCUCUGCGCCCUGUCCCUUUCACUCUGGUAUUUAAUUUUAAAGUCAGUGUACUUCAAGGAAGCUGGAUGCCGGAUAGAAUCUAUAUAAAACUGUACUGUUAUUUAAGACGUAAUAAAGCAGUUUGACAUGAGG